AUCGAUAACUGUUGGGAGCUAAAGGCAGAAGCCAUCCUUUUUAAGUUGAAUUUACUUGCGGUUUUCUGUCUUGGAUACAUGGAGCAUAGAUUAACCAUCUUGCUCAAGGUUGACGGUUUCUCUCUCUUGGAAUCUGUAUAAAUACGCUCGAUGAAGGAACGUAUAUCUACUUUCUUUUUCCUUACAUAAAACGUAUCAAAGAGACAUCCGUCCAUUAUCUAGCUGGUCCAAUUUCCAGUGAUAUUCAUAUCUUCUCUCUAUUCUUAUUUUUGGUCCGAAGAUUCCGAGCUUGUACACACACAUGCAAAAAUGGCCUCGAGCAUCGAGCAAAUCGUACCGCCAAUAUUCAGCACAAUGGCCCAACUUGGGCCUGGAGUAUACAUCAGGGACUUUCCUCAGACCUUGGAGAAGCGCGACAAGUCCCUAACAAUCGUUCUCUUCUUCUGGAUGAAUGCGACACACCGCCCUGCAGGCAAAUAUAUAGCCCAGUACACGCAGAUAGCGCCUACCGCGAGGAUCAUUUCAAUCUUCACAUCCGCUUCGGACUUCUUCAUUCGAAAUUCAGACGUUGCGCAGAAACGCCGGAUUGCUCCCGUGCUGAAUGCGAUUUUGUCUACUGGUGGCUCAGGAAUUGGUACAGACAGCACCGGUGAACAUCUAUAUAUUCAUACUUUCUCCAACGGUGGAUCCACGACGCUACGACACCUGGCUGCUUCAUACCGAGCCACCACGGGUAAACCGUUACCCGUGAAGGCGCUGCUUAUUGACAGCGCUCCCGGAAAAAACUCCAUAUCGAAAGCUGUCCAAGCGCUUUCGUACAGUUUUCCCAAGUUCUUCCUGUGGAGGGCUCUGUUGUCUGCGACUGUUUGGACUUGGUUACUUGUUUUGACUACUCUGGGGAAAUUAUUGAGGAAGAAACAUCCUUCCUUCCGCUUAAGGGAAGGGUUGAACGAUUCGAAGCUGAUUGAUGGAGGAGCGGAGAGGUGCUAUGUCUAUUCAAAAGAGGACGAGUUGAUUCAUUGGAGAGAUGUAGAAGAGCAUGCAGAGGACGCACGUGCCAAAGGGUGGAAUGUUUCAAGGGAGAUGUUUGAGAAGUCGCCCCAUGUGAGUCAUAUGAGGACGGAUCCCCAGAGGUAUUGGAGAAUUGUUGGGAGGUUGUUGAAGAUCGCUAUGGGUUAAGGGAAAGAAAAGAGGCAAAUCCACAAAAUACACCCCUUCAACAGUGUCUGCAAUUUCUAAGAAUCUGAAAGAACCCAUUAGAUAUCCCUUAAGGUUGGAUUUUAAUAGAUAUUUUGACGCUCAUCAAU